AUGUCGCCCCAGGGCCAGGCUGGGCCAUUAGCUGGGGCGUCUGCGUUCUGUACACAUUCCUCCCCGACGACGGGGCUGCGGGAACAAAAGGGCUCCAUUGACUCUCCUCUGCUCGUAAUCCAUCACCUUUCUCAGAGGUUUCCUGAGUGCUCACCCCUCACCACUGGUGAUUUUGGACGCACAUCAAAGCCAGAAGAAGUAACUGCGAGUCUGCACAGUUUUAAGAACAAGGCCUUUAAAAAAGCCAGAGUCUGUGGGGUUUGCAAACAGAUUAUUGAAGGUCGAGGGAUUUCAUGCCGAGCCUGCAAGUAUUCCUGUCACAAGAAAUGUGAAGCCAAGGUGGUGAGUCCCCACUGUGCGCAAAUCCACCUGGAACAGGCUCCAGGGGCAUCAUCAACACCUGCUUCUCUGUGCUGUGACAAACCGUUUAGGCCUGCAGGGCUGAGCCCCGCCAUGGAGGACGGCCGCGAGCUGGAUCUCACCUACAUCACUGAGCGCAUCAUCGCCGUGUCCUUCCCCGCGGGCUGCUCCGAGGAGUCUUACCUGCACAGCCUACAGGAGGUGACGCGCAUGCUGCGCUCCAAGCAUGGGGACAACUACUUGGUGUUAAACCUCUCGGAAAAGAGAUAUGACCUUACGAAGCUUAACCCAAAGAUUCUGGACGUGGGCUGGCCGGAGCUGCACGCACCACCCCUGGAUAAGGUGUGCACGAUCUGCAAGGCGCAGGAGGCCUGGCUGAACAGCGACCCCCAACACGUGGUCGUCAUUCACUGCAGGGGUGGAAAGGGACGCAUCGGCGUGGUCAUAUCAUCUUACAUGCACUUCACCAAUGUCUCAGCCAGUGCUGACCAGGCCCUUGACAGAUUUGCAAUGAAGAAGUUUUAUGAUGAUAAACUUGCAGCUUUAAUGCAGCCAUCCCAGAAACGGUAUGUGCAGUUUCUCAGUGGGCUCCUGUCAGGAACGGUGAAGAUGAAUGCUUCGCCCCUGUUCCUGCAUUUCGUCAUCCUGCACGGAACCCCCAACUUUGACUCGGGUGGAGUGUGCCGGCCCUUCCUGAAGCUCUACCAGGCCAUGCAGCCCGUGUACACGUCGGGGAUCUACAAUGUUGGCCCAGAAAACCAAAGCAGGAUCUACAUUGCCAUCGAGCCGGCCCAGCUCCUGAAAGGGGACAUCAUGGUGAAGUGCUACCACAAGAAGUACCGCUCGGCCACCCGCGACGUCAUUUUCCGCCUGCAGUUUCACACCGGCGCUGUUCAAGGCUACAGACUUGUGUUUGCGAAGGAGGAUUUGGACAACGCCAGCAAAGAUGACCGUUUUCCUGAUAAUGGGAAGAUUGAGUUAGUCUUCUCAGCCACUCCUGAGAAGAUUCAAGGAUGUGAACAUUUGCAGAAUGACCACAGGGUGAUUGUGGACUUCAACACAGCAGACCCGCUAAUCCGCUGGGACUCAUACGAGAACCUGAGUGCAGAUGGUGAAGUGCUGCACACACAGGGCCCCGUGGACGGCAGUCUUUACGCCAAGGUGAGAAAGAAGAGCGCCUCAGAUCCCAGUGUCCCAGGUGGGUCUCCCGCCGUCCCAGCCGCCAGCAGCCCAGACCACAGCGACCACACCCUGUCUGUCAGCAGUGACUCGGGCCACUCCACAGCCUCGGUGAGGACCGAUAGGACCGAGGAGCACCUGACUCCAGGACCCAAGAGGGGCCUGAGCCCCCAGGAGAAGGCCGAGCUGGAUCAGUUGCUCAGUGGCUUUGGCCUCGAGGAUUCUGGAAGCCCCCUCAAGGAUAUGAGCGAUGCUCGCAGCAAGUACAGCGGGACCCGCCAUGUUGUACCCGCCCAGGUCCACGUGAACGGAGACACCACCCCCAAGGACCGAGAGACGGACAUCCUGGAUGACGAGAUGCCCAGCCACGACCUGCACAGUGUGGACAGCAUCGGGACCCUGUCCUCCUCGGAGGGCCACCAGUCAACCCACCUGAGCCCCUUCACCUGCCACCAGAGCAGCCAGAACUCCCUCCUGUCUGAUGGAUUCGGCAGCACCGCUGGCGAAGAUCAGCAUGGCUCUCUGGCCCCAGAUCUGGGGCUCGCCGCGGAGCCCCUGUUCGAGCGAGAGCGGGCUUUCGGGAGCCGCGAGCCCAAGCAGCCGCAGCCGGUGCUCAGGAAGCCCUCCGUGCCCACCCAGACGCAGGCCUACGGGCCGAGCAGCUACUCCACGCAGACCUGGGUGCGCCAGCAGCAGAUGGUGGCCGCUCACCAGUACAGCUUUGCCCCUGACGGGGAGGCCAGGCUCAGCGGCCGUGGUGCAACCGACAGUUCCAGCCUGCUGCAGACACAGCCUAGGGUCCCGCUCACCCCCACUCGGGGGGCCAGCAGCAGAGUGGCCGUCCAGAGGGGCAUAGGCCCUGGGCCACAUCCUCCUGAUAUACAGAGACCCCCUCCCGGCAAAGCAGCCUUCAAACCCAGGAUUCCAGAUGUCAAAGUCGUGAAUGGUACUGGCCCGGAGCUGGGCGCAGACCCGUCCCCAGGCUCACCCACCCUGGACAUCGACCAAUCCAUUGAACAGCUCAACAGGCUGAUCUUGGAGCUGGACCCCACGUUUGAGCCCAUCCCCACCCACAUGAACAUGUCGGGCAGCCAGGCCAAUGGCCCCAUGCCCCCAGAAGGCAUGGGAGGCGGGCUGCGGGCAAGUGGCCGCCUGCAGGACACAGAAGGCCCUGGCAGGGCCCCAGUGAGGCAAGGGGAUGAGCCACUCGGGGGAAGAUUCCGGAAGCUGAGCCUUGAGCAGUAUGAUAACGAAGCUGGGGAGCAGCCCACCUUCUCCAAAUGCAGCUGGGGAAAGACCACCAGUUCAGAACAGACUCCAGGCCUGGCGCCUUUUCUCUCCCCAGACAACGCCAAAGAGGCAGUGAUCACCAUGUAUCCCCCAGACCUGGAUGUAAUCGAUGGCAGGAUCUUCCCUCCAACCAACAGUGGCAGUGAGUCCAUCUCUCCCACCCCUGCAUUUCCUGUGUCUCCAGAAACGCCAUAUGGGAUAACAAGCCCACGUUUCUCUCCGUUCAGCCCAUCCGCGCCACAGAUGGGCAGCCCCAGCGCUCUGUAUAAAGGAGCUCAUGAACCCCGAGGCUGCCCUGAGAUUCUCAGUCAUUCUGUGGGGAUGUCAGAGAGCCCUGCUGGACCCAAACCCACGAUGCUCCGGGCCGACAUGCCCACGGCGCCCUCCUUCCAGCGGGCAUUCACAUCCUCCUGCACCAUUUCCGGCAACAGCCCCAGCCAGCGGAGAGGGAGCCCUUCCUCAGCUGAGCACCAGUGGGUGGAGAACAGCCCCAAGUCCACGCUGACCCUCCUGGGGGGCAGCCGGCCUGGCAAGGAUGGCCCCGUGCGGCCCCACUUCCCACCUACCGACCUCCAGACAUCCUUCCACGGCCCCGAGCUGUCCCUGGCAGAGCCUCCGGAAGCUCUGGGUCCCCCGAGCAGCCAGGCCUUCCUGAGCUUCAGCACUGCCCCAAUGACGGGAGGUGGGCUCCCCGCCGGGGAGGACGCCGGGGCCUUGCUGGCCAAUUCCCACGGAGCAGCCCAGGCCCCCGGCAACCCACUGACAGCAGCUGAGGCUGCCGACAACAGCUUCCUGUCCCACAGCUUUCUCACGGUGGCGCCUGGACACAGCGGCCACCACAGCCCGGUCCUGCAGGGACCGGGACUGGCUCUGCCCGGGCAGCCACCCCUUCCCGAGAAGAAGCGGACCUCAGAGGGAGAUCGGUCUUUUGGCUCCGUCUCGCCAUCCUCCAGCGGCUUCUCCAGUCCUCACAGCGGGAGUACCAUGAGCAUCCCUUUUCCAAACAUCAUCCCGGACUUUUCCAAGGCCGCCGAGGGGGCAGCACCUUUCCCAGAUAAUCCAGGUGAUAAGCACGUGUCUGUGAACUUUGUUCAGGACACAUCCAAGUUCUGGUACAAGGCGGACAUCUCCAGAGAGCAAGCCAUCGCCAUGCUGAAGGACAAGGAGCCCGGGUCCUUCAUCGUCAGGGACAGCCACUCCUUCCGAGGCGCCUACGGCCUGGCCAUGAAGGUGGCCACACCGCCGCCCUCUGUGCUGCAGAUGAACAAGAAAGCUGGAGAUUUGGCCAAUGAACUUGUUCGGCAUUUUUUGAUUGAGUGCACUCCAAAAGGAGUGCGGUUGAAAGGGUGCUCCAAUGAACCAUAUUUCGGGAGCCUGACGGCUUUGGUGUGUCAGCAUUCCAUUACGCCCUUGGCUUUGCCCUGCAAACUGCUCAUUCCGGAUAGAGAUCCGUUGGAGGAAAUAGCCGAAAAUCCUCAGCAAACGGCAGCCAACUCUGCGGCCGAGCUGCUGAAGCAAGGGGCAGCCUGCAAUGUGUGGUAUCUGAACUCCGUGGAGAUGGAGUCCCUUACAGGCCACCAAGCCAUCCAGAAGGCCCUGAGCAUGACCCUAGUCCAGGAGCCGCCUCCCUUGUCCACAGUCGUGCACUUCAAGGUGUCAGCCCAGGGCAUCACCCUGACGGACAACCAGAGGAAGCUCUUCUUCCGGAGACACUACCCCGUGAGCAGCGUGAUCUUCUGUGCGCUGGAUCCACAGGAUAGAAAGUGGGUCACAGACGGCCCUUGCUCGAGAGUCUUUGGAUUUGUGGCCCGGAAGCAGGGCAGCGCCACGGACAACGUGUGCCACCUGUUUGCAGAGCAUGACCCCGAGCAGCCGGCCAGUGCCAUCGUCAACUUCGUGUCAAAGGUCAUGAUCGGCUCCCCUAAGAAGAUCUGA